AUGCCAUCAGUGAGCGACGAAACAUCUGCUAAAACAGAUUACCGGAGCCCUCCGAAAGCUACGGGGGAGCCCGCUCACACUACUUCUCCUGCUCACGGUGCUGGAGGGGGCCCUCUUGCAGCAGUUUCCCCUGGGGGAGCCUCCGUUUCAGCAGAAGGUGAUGAUCUACUUCGCCGUAUGCAGUCUGCAUUGGAGGAGGAUGACACUGUGGACAUGCUGUUGCCGUCUCUGACGGCACUUCACGUGCUGCCUUCCUCGACUAGCGAUGUGGCUUUGGGCCGGAUGGGUGCUGACACUGGCAGUACAAUUUCUGAACUGUUGCAGUGCAAAGGGACAUCAGUAAGAGGGGGCAGUAGAGAUAUCGUGGGCGUAACAGUGGCUGAAGAUGACCCUAAUGCCCGGUCGCGCAACUUAGGGCUGGGGCUUGCUGCUCUACAUAAGCUGCAGCAGCAGCAACGCAUGGCACAGCAGCAGCAACAGGAACGCCAGCAGAAGAAACAGAUACAGAGUGAGCAUGCCGCAGCUCGUGAUGGUGGCGGCGCUGAGAGGGAGGAUCUUUUGGAAGCGCAGCAGCAGCAACCGCAACUGCAGCAACAGCGUGUUUUGCCCCCUUUCCGUGAACACAAUCUGGACGAAGCUCCCGAGCAGCCGCGGGUGACGAGCAAGUCCUGUGUUCCUCACAAGGAGGCUACGCAUCACAUGGAACAGCAGCGGACUGAAAAUGGGGAAAAGCAGGAUACGGAGAUGCAGGGUCAGCGAAUAGGGGUGCAUGAGCAGCAGCAACUUAAUGUGGGAGAAAAGAGUCAGCAUUUGAAACUUGAAGGAUCUGUACAGGUGUCUAGCGGGCCUGAGCUCUUGGAGCCUUUAAUUCUUUCGACUACAGUGGCUAAUGGCUCAGCAGCACAAGAACUAGACACGCAAGCAGCAGCAUCAGCUGUAGCCCCCGGAGCAACUGUAGCCCCCGCAACAACUCCUGAGACGAAUCUUCCAUCUGCCGCGGAGCCUAGUGAAGAGAGUGCACCACUAGCUUUCCUAACAGCAGCUACAGCUACGGCAUCGACGAAACUGAAUUCUGGAUUCACGCCGGCACGUGAGGAAGUCUUGGCGGAUACAGAAACUAACAAGGGCUCCCUCUUAGAGUUAUCAUGUCCUCCGCAGAGUCCUUCGGCACCACCGAAUCCGCGAUCGGCUACCACGGAAAGUGACAGACUCUCAUCAGUGGAUCCAGAUAAAUGCUUUUCAAAGGAGGCAGAGUCAACAACGCAACAGCCCGGCGAAGUAGAAUGCUUUGCAGGAACUUUGCCAGAAGAUGCGGCAGAACCAGCUGAUGCAAAACCUACAGCAGAAGCGAACCAUGAAGGAGGCAUAGGGAUGCCAUACUCGUGUUCUCCCAAGUCUGUUAGUUGCUUGCCUCCCCGCACAGCAGAGGAAGAGGUGGCGCUUUGCGCUGCGGGGGGUCCAGGUGGCCCCGAGGAAGCUGCAGUAGUUGCGGAGGCGGAAACAGUAGGCGAGUUGCUGCGCAGCUUGCACCGGCAGGUGCAGCAGCUACCUCAGCAGCAUGAGCAUACCGGCGGAAGGCCGUCGGCCAUAGAGACCUUGGGCAGAAUUGAGCAGCGGUUGCGGCUUGCCUUAGAGGCUGUCGAUGCUGAUGUAGCAGCGCUCCAGCGAGAGGCAGCAGCAACGGCAGUAGCAACUGUCUCUUCAGUGGGUUAUUCAGCAGCACCGCGGUCUGGCAGUCCCUCUGAGGACUCAGGGCAGCAGCCACAGCAGCAGCGCGAGGCUGAUGUGCCCCAUGGGGAUGAAGGGGAUAUAGAGGAUGAAGAAGGCUUUAAGGGCGCAGAUUCAGGAGACGGACCCAAUGCAACAGCCGCAGCUGCAGCAGCAGCGGCGGCAGCUGCAGCAGCAGGAGCUACAGCUAACGUGACAGGGUUGUGGUCGCAUCCAUGCCGCGCUUUGCUUCGGGCAGCGCUGCAGUCAGCGGGACGCCAGCUGCCUAAGGGCAAACGGAGGGGUGCUCGCGGGGCCCCACGGGAAUGGGGAGAAGCAACAAGGCAUCGGCCACCACUUGACGUUCUGUGUCUUGCCGCCUCUCAAAUGAAGGCUGAGUGCAGCCUCACUCCAGAGGAGGCAGCCGCCGCUGCUGCUGCUGCUGCCGUAGCAGCCACAGCUGCUGCUAAUGGAUCCGAAGCUGCCGCUGUCGCGGCUGCAGCCGCAGAAGUGCUGCUGCCGCUGGAUGCAGCAGCAGCAGCAGGGGAGAAUGUGAAGAGGGUCCCGUGGUUGCCAGCUGAGGGGCCCAUGGUUGACAGUUUGGCUGCUGCAAACCAUUCACAGGCUUUUGCCGCUGGGCUCCCGUUAUUACGUGAAAUUUGCCGCGUUGCUACUGUCGAGCUCCGCAUCCGUCCGCCAGCUGCUGCUGCUGCUUCCACAGCUGGUGGUGGUGGAUUAGCCGCCACCGCCGGAUCUGUACCACUUGGCGCCAUAGGGGGGCCCAUUGGUAUUGCGGGCUUGAGGCGAUUGGGGCUUCCAGGAGAUCAGCCGCUUCACCAUCGAGGCCCUUUAUGGGUGGACCCUCCUCCAGCAGACGACGACGACGAAGGGCUUCGAGGCUCGCCACCUGUUGCAGGGUCGUCAUCAUGUAAUGAGCAAGUCAUGCUGUUUCUUAGGCGGGAUUUGUUUCCACGUCAAUGGCUGCAGUGGCUCCAGGAACAGCCAGUGUGCUGCAGGGCCCAACUGCUGCUGCCUCCUGGAUACGAGGAGAGCGUGCAUAACGACCCUGAUCCUCUUGGCGCCAAUCGACACUCCCGUGAUCCCGCUCAGCCUGUUUUGAGGCUUAGGAGACUUUGUGUGCGCUCUUCCGCCAGGGUGACGGAGCAGGCCACCACGGAAGCAACAAUGGAAGAAGCGGAGCCAGCCGCAGCACAACGAGUGACAAAAGGAUUAACAGAGAUAGAAAGGACAGCAGCGACAACGGUGCCUCGCUCAGAGGACGCAACGAAGGCUGAAGAGAGGAACCUUGAGGGCCCGCUGCUGAUAGAUGACGCUCUGACGCUGAUACGGAAACAGCAGAGACGGCAACAGGAUGCCUUAGAGCAACUCCUGCAACAGUUAAAACAUCUGAGUAGAGGCGUAACAAUGCAGCAGCUCGUGCUGCUUGCGUCAAUUGUGGAUUCCAUGGAUGCAGCAGAUGCGGCAGCAGCUGCGGCAGCCGUCGGGGACCCAGAUACUGCUCUCUUUACAAACGAGAACAGCAAUUCAGCCAGCUCAACAGCAGCAGCGUGUACAAAUAAUGGUGAGGGCGUGCAGCAGCAGCAUGCUCAGCAGAUAGAGCGACUCCAGAAACUUCACGAGUGGCUCGGGUUGUUCCCUCGUUAUGGAAUAUCUGCGGGACGCGCUGUUGCGUUGCUGGCAGCAGCAGGAGAGCAGCAGCAGCAGGAUCAACUGCAACCUGAGGCAGAGUUCAUAGAUAUCAAGCUGACCUUUGGUAGCCUCAUGCCUUUCCCAGAUGAGGAUCCUGGCGUAAUCGCUGCAUUCUCCCUACCCUAUAGACGGGGGCCGCAGCAGCCGUGGACGUGGGAUUUGAAAAUACUAGAGGGCGCCCUUCACAGCGGCCAGGGACCUUCGUGGGGCCCUUACAGUAUCCAGACAGUUGGGCAAAGGAUUUCUGAGAGGCAGCAGCGCCUGAGUUUUCUCCUGCGGCAGCAGAAGAUCGUCUGCAAAGCCAUGUACAAGGCGUGGAGAAGCCACCGUCGUCAGCUCGAAAGGCGCCGUCUGCUAUCGGGCGAUGUGUUUGGGUGGGGGGUUCUCCCGGUGCGUGCAGUAGACCAUCCGUCUCUUUUGAUGGCGCUACCUGCGGGCUUCCGGCAGGGAAAUCCCAGAGAGCCAUAUGAGAAACAGUACAGCAGAGAUUUGCAAGACGAUGCAAACGGUGGCCACGACAGGUCGCGGAGGCAAACGGACGUGUCGGGGCGGCGAACCCUACGUGGGGAUGCAUGCAACGAUCGUCAAAGGGCGAAGGAGGAAGCAGCGAGCCGCGAGAGCAAGAGGGAGUGGAUGCAGGCUAACUUCUCUAACCUGACGGGACCAGGAGUGUUUUGGAGAGAUUCUUGCCUCUUUUCUCAGGGCCAAAGUCUUAGGCAAAGACUGCAAAAGCAACAGGAAGGUGGUGGCGGCGUUCAUCCCAUUGAUCUGCUGCAGACUGAUCCAGAUUGGGCUAUCUUCGAUUGGGAAAGAGAAUGCGGAUACACCUGCAACAGCACAAGAGUGUUUACUCCUGUCGAGGAAGAGGCAGAAAGGAAAGCGGUCACAGUUUGGGCGGAGGCUGAGGCGAGGACGUUCGUGGAGAAGUAUCUCAUGUACCCGAAGAAUUUUGAAAAGAUUGCAGCUUGCCUGGACGGAAAAACCACUCGAGACUGCGUCGAUUUUUACUACCGCUUCAAGUUCAAGUUUGGGCUAAAGCGGCGACUGCAAGAGUUGGAGGAUGGCACCCGUGUCAAGAAGCGGAACAGACACAUUGGUUCAAAACAAAUACGCAGAGAGGAGCUUGUAGCUGAAGCUGUUUCUGGCUUAUCGUCGGAGUGCGAGACAGAGCUGAUGAAGCGAUUCAAUGGACAGAAUUUUUUGCCAUUUGAUGCCUUUAGCGAUCAUCUGCUUCACCGGGAAGCGCUGCAGACGACUCUCAAGGACCCGGUGGGCUGCCGUGGGGAGGAGUGGGUAGAAGGCGACAGCGACAGCGCUGAGGUGUUCGUUGAAAAUAUGAGCGAUGGAUACUUUCUGCCGGCUUCAACCAAGGGCAUUGUGGUCCCGGGCAGGGCUGUCAGCGUUCCAAACGAAAUACCUUUGUGGGGUCCGCCUCAGCGGUCAUUCGUGCCUGGCUGCUUGCUGGUAGAUCGACCUCAGCAUUCGCAUCAAGAGGGAGCGGAUGCAGAUGCAUCCUCCCCUGCAUCUGGACUUCCUCUUACCUUGAAAUAUCAUCAACUCGACACCCUUCUCACGUGUGUGCAAAUAGCAUCCCGUAGAUUUUGCCCACAGGAAGAAGAUGGACCCUCUUACAUGACGCGUUCCCGCGCUGCUCGGUCUCGACCUGGGCCAUUCGGGACGACAGUGGGAGGCCCCACUCUGCAGCAAUUUAAUGCUGGAUGGGGGCGUUUUGGUGCCGUUGGUGGUCACAGUGGGCAUGCGGGUCCUGUCGGCACUGGGCAACUGUCUCCUGUAUCCAGGGUCGUUGACUCUUUGGUGGUGCGACUUAAAGGGAUUGUGCGAGGAAUGCAGCACACUAUACGCACUGGGUCAAGGGAAAGAAGGCGAUCUCAGACUGACGAUCCCGAAUCGGGGGCGCCACCAGUUCCAACCAGUCCUGCUUCCUCCCUGAAAAUCAGUGGAGAGGAGCUGCCAGCGCCAACUCUUGAAUAA